UUUUUUUUUAGCUACAACAUAAAAACCCCGAUUCUCGGGGUUCCAGGUUCUAAUCUCGGUGAAGACUUAAUUUUUAAUUUCGGGACUUAAAAGGCGCUCCUGAGUCCGCACUAUCUCUAAUGGGUAGGCCUACUUGACGUUAGUUAGGGAAAGUAAAGCGGUCGGUCGUUGUGCUGGCCACAUGACAUCGUAUUUAAUUUUAACCGUUAGCCAUAGAAACAGAAUACCUUUACAUCAUCUGCCUUAUAGAUCGCAUAUGGUCUGAAAGGGGAACUGUAAAUUAGUUAAAGAUAAUCUACUUCCUAUUAGUCCUCCCGCAGGACAACGGUACGGAAAUGACAGAUGGCAGGGUAUGAAUUUAACCCGUCGAGACGACAGUCCAGCGGGUAUAAUAACGCAAGACUAUAAUAGGCAGCCAUCCUAGACCAUGCAGUUCUUACUGGAGAUAAAAUUUGAGAUGGUUUAAUUCCCUCUAUCCAAUAGAACAAUGAUUCCUGAUGAGAAGGAUGUGACCAAAGUUCUGGGAACUUUGUCAUCUUUAUUGUCCCUGGACUAUGAGCCAGUUGGCAGAUGGUUUGAAGCUCACCACAGGCGAGCUCACUCUCUCCACUCUCACUCCCAUCAUUCUUUGGACAGUAGCUCCAGUGAGUCUGAAGAAGAGGCAGAGGAGGAUCAGUUUGAUGAUGAGGAUGAGUCACUUUUGUUAAGACUGGAUCCAAAGGAAUGGAAGAAACAAGACCACUAUGCUGUUCUAGGAUUAAGUAAAUUAAGAUACAGGGCUUCUGAAGACCAAAUAAAACGAGCAUACAAACUGAAAGUUCUCACCCAUCAUCCUGACAAAAGGAAAGCAAGAGGGAAAGUUGUGAAAGAUGGUGAAGAUGAUUACUUCACUUGUAUCACCAAAGCAUAUGAAAUUUUGGGCAAUAAACAAAAAAGACGUUCCUUUGACAGUGUGGAUCCUGAGUUUGAGGAUAGUAUUCCAUCAAGUACAAAGGAGAAUUUCUUUGAAGUAUUUGGUCCAGCUUUUGAUAGAAAUUCAAGGUGGUCAAUCAAGAAAAGAGUUCCCAAACUUGGAGAUGAGAAUACACCGUUUGAAGAUGUUAAUAACUUCUAUUCUUUCUGGUAUGAAUUUGAAUCCUGGCGUGAGUUUUCUUAUCUUGAUGAAGAAGAAAAGGAGCUAGGAGAAAACCGUGAGGAAAGAAGGUGGAUUGAAAAACAAAAUAAAGCUGCUCGUCAGAAGUUGAAAAGAGAAGAAAUGGUUAGAUUACGUCAGCUGGUUGACAAUGCAUAUACCUGUGAUCCUAGAAUUUUAAAAUUUAAAGAAGAAGAGAAAGAAAGAAAAAAUGCUGUGAAGCGAGCCAAGCAAGAAGCUGCUAGACUUAGACAAGAAGAAGAAGACAAGAAACGAAAUGAAAUUUUAGAGGCAGAAAGAAAAAAAAGAGAGAAGGAAGAAGAAAUAGCCAAAGCACAGGCUAUGCUGGCCAAGAAAGAGAAAGAUGCUUUCAAGAAACAGUUGAAGAAAGAAAGAAAAACUCUGAGAGGCUUUAUGAAGGAUCUAGAUUACUUUGCUGAAAAUGACAAUGACAGAAUAACAAUGAUGCAAAAUUUAGACAAGCUUUUAGAAUUAUUAACAUUACCACACUUACAAGAAUUGAAUGAAAGUCUUUCUAAAGAUAAAGCAAAUGGCAAAAAUUCAUUUAUGCAAAAACUAAAGGUAGUCAAUGACCAAAUAGACGAGGAAAAGCGCCAACACUUGGAGCUAACCCAACAGAAAUCUUCAGGUGACCAUCACAGUGUUGGAAAAUCUUGGUCAGAAUUAGAAAUUCAAACCCUCAUCAAAGGUGUGAACUUAUUUCCUGCUGGAACACAAGACAGAUGGGAGGUGAUAGCAAAUUUUAUCACUCAACAUGUUCCAGGUAACAACAAGAAUGCUAAAGAUGUUUUAUCAAAAGCCAAAGAGCUACAAAAGAAUGAUGUCAAACUGAGAGAAGAAGUGAAAAAAAAUGCUUUCAGUCAGUAUGAACAAAGUCAUAAAGCUGCUAAGUCUGGAGACAUGGACAAACCAAGUGAACGAUUAGAAAGUGUAGGGGAGCAGCAGGUAAGAGAAACUGGAACCAAUCCAGCACCCUGGACAGCAGAUGAGCAAAAGCUCUUGGAACAGGCACUGAAAUCUUUCCCUGCCUCUGAAGCUGAUCGCUGGGAUAAAAUAGCCUCUGUGGUGUCUUCGAGAAGCAAAAAAGAUUGCAUGAAACGCUACAAGGAACUGUGUGAACUCGUCAAGGCAAAGAAGCAAGCACAGACUGCAGUUGCUGCCAAGAAUAAAAAAUCCUGAUUAAAAUUAUUUUGGUUUAAUAAAUACUUUUAUCUUUUUAUUUCCAACAAUCAAA